CUUGGGACGUGAUGUACUACGCCCUUCUCCCCAUUAUUACAGCACUCGUCUGCCUCCCUGCAAACGCCCAGGACCAUGCUUCAGGCAUCCCUGCCGGCCCUAUCGCAGAUGUAGUAUGCGCGACAGCAACUCAAGAAGUGGCUAACAUGCCAUAUCCUGGUGAUUGCACAAGAUGGAUAAAAUGCGACACCGAUUAUGCCGGCACCGCUACAGUUUAUACCUGCGAUGAAGGGUUAUGGUUUAGCUUUGAUGCCCAAACAUGUACCUGGCCGGACCAAUCAGGCUGUACUUACAAGGUGUUCUUCUUCGCGAACACCAUGGGGAUAUUGCUAUGUAAUAUUCAUGAAAUCUGGCUACCCUCCAUUAUCUACGUUGUGACUCGGGCUCUUUACCCAAGCAGCGAUAGCAACUCAUAUGUGAAUAUAUAUGAUGCUCGACCAACUAAGUUGAUGGUAUUCCAGCCAGUCGAGCUCUGGUCAAUGACAUGCUGGUAA